AAGAACUCCCGUGUACGUACUAUCAGGUGUAUGUUAUGUACAGUAUUUGACAUACAUUAACGAGCGCCGCCUGUAAAAGUGUGCAAGGGUAUUAAUUAUAGCCACCAGUAUAAAAUGUUUUAUCUGCAUAAUACGGGCAUAAUACUGAACCUGCAGGGCACGUCAAAGUCUCAUAUUGCACCAUUAUCAACGUUUUAUAAUAUCGCAUAACACGUUAUCAUUAUGGCAACACCUAUAAAUCGCGUUGAACUAACUUUGCCUAAGAAAGUCGAACUUCUACAAUGCCUUUCGCGAGGAGCAACAUCAAAGAGUGUCGUGAAGAAGUUCGGGGUUUCCAAAUCUCAGGUAUACCGACUUGUUAAAUCCAAGGACCGUAUCUUCGCCCUGUAUGAACUUGGAUUAGGAGGGCAGAGGAAGCGCGACAUGCGACGGCGAACGUGUAAGGAACAGGUUGUCAGUCAAGCCCUCCAUGUCUGGUAUCUACAGAAAGUUGCACGAGGUGAACGACUGUCAGGACCGAUGGUGAAGGCCAAGGCUACCGAAUUAGCUGCGGCCAAAGGAAGAGAUUUCAUCCCAAGCGGAGGAUGGCUAGAGCGAUGGAAACUGCGUCAUGAUAUCUCCUUCCGAAAGGGACAUAGUGAAAAGCAUCAGACGGAAUCCAUGAAUUCCAAUUCCUGUUCCUUGGAGAAAGAUGAAAUGAUGGAAAUUAUGUCAAGGUAUUCGCCUAGCAAUAUCUUCAGUGCCUGUGGGACUGCUCUAUACUUCAGAGGAUAUCCGGAUAACGGCCGCUGCAGAAAAGGUUCUGAACUCCCCGGAGGCAAAGGAGCCAAUGAACGAAUAACUGUUAUGUUAUGCACCAACAUAGAUGGAACGGAAAAACUUCCCCUUUUGGCUAUUGGUGAAACAAAGAAGUCCAAGUCGUUCCCCAAGGACGGUGGACGUCUACCUGUUUCAUACACCGCAGCAACAAAUUCAUGGAUGACGAGAGAUAUCUUUCAGGAAUGGCUGCAACAAUGGGACUUGGAGCUUAGAGAUGCAAAUCGCCACAUCUGUUUGUUCGUUUACGACUGUCCUAGCCACAAUCCUCAGGAUAUUCAACUAACUAACAUCAUGCUGAAGUUACUUCCACAACACAAGCCAAGUGUCCUUUGGCCGAUGGAGGUUGGUGUGACAAAGAUCUGGAAGGCACAAUACCGAAGCAGAUUAUGCUGUAGGAUAAACGCUGCUCUUGAUGCCGAUGAAUGCAAACAUGCCCUAGAUGUUGCUGGUUCCUUGACUUUGUUGGAUGCACUGUAUCUCAUCAAGGACUCUUGGAGUGCGGUUGCAACAGAGAACAUCCUUGCUUGCUUCGCAAAGGCAAGCUUCAUGAAGAGCGAACCUGACGAUGACACUCUAGCAUGUCUAGAGGAUAUCUUCACCAAUAUCCUCAUACCAGAUAACAUGACGUUGCAGGAAUUCGAUGAAUUCAUCAGCCUAGAUGAUGACUUAGAAAUAGAAGGAGAGCUCUCGGAUUUAGAUCUUUUAUCAGUUGCUAAGAAAAGCCUAGAUCUUCUGGAUGGGAAUGAACAUGUUUCGGAUGAUUCAGACUCGGUGGAAGAGAAAGGUAUACUCACAAGCGAACAUAAGAUCAAAAUGCUGGACCAUCUACGUCGGUUCGUUCAGGAGAAUGCCAUGAACCAUCUGCUUCCCUUCGUCAAGGAGAUCGAGGACAAGGUUUAUUCCCAAGUCCACGUAUCAGGCACUCAAGAAAAUGUUAAUUGAUUGAGAUUAAUUAUUAUGUCUGUGUGAUUUGUUUCGUCUGUAUAAUUUAUAUUAUCCAUCCCCCCCCCCCCCCAUUAAGUUUCAGAGACCACCUGUGUCAUUUUCAAAAAGGAAACUGGACUUAUUUCAAUGCUUGGUCAAUGACAUUUCUGGAACAUGUUUUGUUGUACAAUGUGUUGAAAAAAACUCUUCAUGGAAAUUGAAUGGAGUGUUAAUACCGGUGACGGGGAGGUCCGCCCAUUUUGAAAACCGAAUAUGGCAUACCUUUAGUAUACAAGUCAUUAUACUUUUUGUGUAACUUAGAACCCCUAAAAUGUGGUAUCCAGUUACUUUUAUUUGGUGAUUGUUAGAAAUGAUUUCGAAAUUGUGCUUGAGUCUUCUUUUACAGAAUUCAGCUCCUCCAUUGUACCUCAAUCACCUUCUAUUCGGGUCCAUGAUCAGUUUUAUAAGUUGCCUGUUGUUACCGUAUUCGAUUAUCGGUUGGUAAUUUCUCUCGUUUAUAUAUAUUUGAUUAUAAUCGCUUCGAAUAUUGUCAUUGAAGAUUCUCUUAUUCAGAUAUGUGUAAGAGCGUCAAUAUUUAUUUAAAAAACUUAAAUGCACCAUUACUAAAUUAAAGUACCACCCACAUAUACCACUCAGUUCAGCUAACUUCUUGGUCAGACAAGAAUUUCAGAGUAAAGUGUAAAACAACUCGUAUGCCUCCAAAAGGCAAAAUCUUUCCCACCAAUAAGUGUUCUAUAACAGUCUCUGUUCUUAUACUUAACUUUCUGCAUUGAAAUUUCACGUAACUCCUUUACUGUUGUAUUAAACUGAACUUAAUAAUGACGUUUUUGUUCAAAUGUGAAGUGCUCUUUUAUAUAAGAAUGUACGUUUCCAAGUUCAAAAUUCCCUCUUAAAAGCUAUUCUCAUUUUGAUUUUUGAUUUUUUUUUCUUAAACCGAACAGCAUAAUUUCAGACCACUUGCCCUUAGCUAUGAUAAUGAACAAAAUGAAUUAUCUGGGGGAAACUACAGGACGAUAAUGAGAGAGAGACAGAGACAGAUAUACAGAGAGAGAGAGAGAGAGAGAGAGAGAGAAAGGGGGCGGGUGAUGGAGAGUGAAAUAACAAAGCGAAGGGACGGGGAGAGGGAGUAGGCUGUUGGAAUGAGAGAGGAGAGAGGUGGAAAAACAAAGAGAAGAUAAUGGGGAUGGGUAGAGAAAAGUAGAGGGAUGAGCCGGAGUACGAAAAAUGUGAUCGAGUGCACACCAAUCAAGGACAGUAAACAUUUAAAAACUUCCAUGGCAAAGUUGAAAGAAAAUAAAAGAUAUCUGCAACCCAAGGGUCAAGAGCCCCAAAAGA